CAUUUGAAUGGUGCAACUUUAAAUGAACAAAACGAACCAAAGCAGGUAAUGUGAGCCAGGUUGUACAAUUGUACAGCCUCCUGUAAAAUAACGGAGGUGAUUUUUCUUUACAAUAAUUUCAUUUAAAAAUCGGCGAUCGCGCUGUUGAAAUUACUGAAAUCUUCAUAGUUAUUCGGAUAUAUGUGAUUCUGCUACACAGACGGUAACGUCAUAGUGCGUGUCCUAAGAAGACGGAGACAUGCCGAAAUCAUUUUUAGUUGGUCGAAAUUACGACCGACGCCGCAGCGGGCCGCGUUACGACGACGUCUCUACAAGUGGUCAGGAGUUCAGUUACCUAAUGGAAAUAAAAGCACGCUGCGAUGCAAGUGACAACUUGACAACGGCGGUUUAUUCAGAUCAUUUAACCUAUGCGAUUUCUAACGGCAACACGACCGAAGUCGAAGCCACGGCCACAACGCAGGCAGCGUCAGAAAAUAUCUCGUGCUUUAAAGCCCUACAAGAUCAACAAGCGUUCGUUAAUAAUGACGACAUGUGCAUCACACACGUGACUGUUCCCAACCAACACAUGAAUGUGACUGACCGCCGGAAAUGCCGAUCCUAUUCGCGCAGGAACAAAUCCAACGAAGCGGACCCCAUCAUUCGCACUCAGUGUCUAGAAACCCAUACUCAAAAGCCGAUUUCAGAGAUGCCCCGAACAAAUCUCGCUCGUCUGUUCAUAAAGGAGAACAACUGUGCUCCGAGAAAGGAGAUAAAACCGGAAACACUUCCCCAAACAUUUGAACAAUGUCAGUAUAUGUUUAAGAACGUCGAGGUCGUAAAUGGCGGCUUCGGGAUCAAGAACCCAUUGCUCACUGAUCAAUCUGGAGCAGUACUCUAUGGACACACGGCAGAUAGAAGCACGACGGAUGGGACCCUGUACAUGUGCCGUGUUUGCAGCAAGCGUUUCCAGUGCGCGCGUCUGCUUAACCGUCACGUGAAGUGUCACUCGGACGUGAAGCGCUACUUAUGCACGUUUUGUGGCAAGGGAUUCAACGACACCUUUGACCUCAAGAGACACACACGGACGCAUACAGGCGUGAAGCCGUUCCGGUGCUCGGACUGCGGGAAGGCGUUCACACAGCGCUGCUCCCUGGAGGCUCACUGCCGGAAAGUGCACCGGAACAACCAGCAGUACGCCUACAAGGAACGCAGAGCGAAGUUGUAUGUAUGCGAGAACUGCGGUCACACGGCACGUGACCCGGAUACUCACGCGCUGCACGUGACUACCGUACACAGCCACCCGCCACGGCGCUACCACUCGUAUCUCCAUCCGGUAUUCUGUGGGCACAUAUGAUAUGCAUAUAUAAGGCGAGAUGCAGCAAUGGACGAUUCUUGUAUAUCAGUGAGAGCCAUCAUCUCCCUCGUGUUAUUACAUUUAGGCGAACCGAAGAAAACAACUCUUCAACAGAUCUGCACAAUGAACCUUACUUAUGCAUUUAACUAUAUAUUAACUCUUCUUUAAAAUGCUGAUUGUAAAUAAAUCACGCAGUGUGUU